UGGGACCCAGCUGUACGAGGAAAAGUAUGCCCUGGCUGUCCUUAACAACACGACCCCAGCGGGGAUGUGGGGCUGCAGGAGCUGGGAAUGUUGGAUCUGACAGAGAUCUUGAAGGGUGGUGUGAUUGUAGACGAAAACCCCCAGCUGUGCUUCCAGGAGACAAUCCACUGGGGGGCCAUUUUCCACAAACACAACCAGCAGAACUACACGGAGAUCAGCAGCCGCCGCCGUCGGAUCUGCCCCGACUGCCAAAGAAUAUGCCUCAAUGGCCACUGCUGGGGAGAAGGAAAAGGGAGCUGUCAAACAUUGACAAGCACAGUCUGCGCCAGCAGCUGUGCAAGGUGUAAGGGGAGACACCCAACGGACUGUUGCCACGAGCAGUGUGCAGCCGGCUGCACGGGACCCAAACACUCCGACUGCCUGGCCUGCCUGCACUUCAACCACAGCGGGAUUUGCGAACUGCAUUGCCUUCUCUUCAACUACAAUCCAGACACUUACGAGCACCCCAAUCCAAAUGGACGGUACACUUUUGGAGCAACUUGUGUUGCUGAAUGCCCUUAUAACUACUUGGCUGCAGAGGUUGGGUCCUGUACUUUGGUGUGCCCUCAGACCAGUCAGGAGGUGAGCGUGGGCACCGUGCAAAAGUGCGAGAAGUGCAACAAGCCGUGUCCCAAAGUCUGCUACGGUUUGGGGAUGGAUUUCCUGAAAGGGGUCCGUGCCAUCAAUGCCUCCAACAUCCACCACUUUGCCGGCUGCACCAAGAUCUUCGGCAGCUUAGCCUUUCUGCCAGAGACUUUUGCAGGGGAUCCUGCCUCUGAUACUCCGCCCCUUGAUCCCAAGCAGCUUAAAGUCUUUGAGAACCUGAAGGAUCUAACAGGCUUCCUCUAUAUUGAAUCCUGGCCGGAGUCUCUUGUGGAUUUAAACCCUUUCCAGAACCUUCAAGUGAUCCGGGGACGAGCCCUUUACAACGGAGUCUAUUCUCUAACAUUGCAAAACCUCAACAUCUCCUCCUUCGGCCUGCGUUCGCUGCAAGAGAUCAGCAGUGGAAUGGUUCUGAUUCACCACAACCCCAACCUUUGCUUCAUCCAGAACGUUCCUUGGGAAGCCAUCUUCAAGAACCCUCGGCAGACCUUGUUCCAGAAUGACAACAACCCCGAGUGUAUACACGAAGACCAGAGUUGCUCCCCCCUCUGCUCCAAGGGGCACUGCUGGGGACCUGGGGGGACUCAGUGCAUGUCCUGCAUCGGGUUUCUGCGUGGGAACGAAUGUGUUAAAAACUGCAGCCUUCUGGAUGGAGAGUUCCGGGAAUACGUCAACGGGACGCGGUGCCUUCCAUGCCAUUCCGAGUGUUUGCCCCAAAACGGGACAGAGUCCUGCAAUGGAUCGGACGCAGACCAGUGUGUGGCUUGUGCCCAUUACAAAGAUGGCCCCUACUGCGUGGAGCAGUGUCCCAGCGGCGUGAAGGUGGACGGUUCGUUUGUACCCAUCUGGAAGUAUCCCGAUGGGGAAGGCAUGUGUCAGAUCUGCCCGACCAACUGCACCCACUCGUGUACAAUACGGGAUGAACGCGGCUGCCCCGUGGAUCAGAAACCUAGCCAGGCCACGUCCAUUACAGCUGGGGUGGUGGGUGCUGCGCUCGUCCUGGUUCUCUUGUCCAUCAUCAUCAUUUGCAUCAAGCGUCGGAAGCAGCAAGAGCGGAAGCACACUCUGCGGCGUCUCCUGCAAGAGACAGAGUUGGUGGAGCCAUUGACACCCAGCGGAGCCCUGCCGAACCAGGCACAGAUGCGUAUUCUCAAGGAGACGGAACUGAAAAAAGUCAAGGUGUUGGGGUCAGGCGCUUUUGGAACAGUGUACAAGGGAAUUUGGAUUCCAGAUGGCGAGAGUGUGAAGAUCCCGGUCGCCAUCAAAGUCUUGCGGGAAAACACCUCGCCCAAAGCCAACAAGGAGAUUUUGGAUGAGGCUUAUGUCAUGGCCGGGGUGGGCAGCCCUUACGUAUCGCGGCUGCUGGGAAUCUGCCUCACCUCCACGGUGCAGCUGGUUACUCAGCUCAUGCCCUACGGCUGCCUGCUGGACUACGUGAGGGAGAACAAGGACCGCAUUGGAUCCCAGGACCUCCUCAAUUGGUGUGUGCAGAUAGCAAAGGGUAUGAACUACCUGGAGGAUGUCCGUCUGGUCCACCGGGACUUAGCAGCCCGGAACGUCCUGGUGAAGAGCCCAAACCACGUGAAGAUCACAGAUUUUGGUUUGGCUCGGCUGCUGGACAUCGAUGAGACAGAAUAUCAUGCCGACGGAGGGAAGGUACCUAUCAAAUGGAUGGCCCUGGAGUCCAUCUUGCGCAGGCGUUUCACACACCAAAGCGACGUGUGGAGCUAUGGUGUGACUGUGUGGGAGCUGAUGACUUUUGGAGCCAAGCCGUAUGAUGGAAUCCCCGCCCGAGAGAUCCCUGACCUUCUGGAGAAAGGAGAGAGGUUACCACAGCCUCCCAUCUGCACCAUUGAUGUCUACAUGAUCAUGGUGAAAUGUUGGAUGAUCGACUCAGAAUGCAGGCCCAAGUUCCGAGAACUGGUCACUGAAUUCACGCGCAUGGCCAGGGAUCCGCAGCGUUUCGUGGUCAUCCAGAACGAUGACAAAAUGGGUCUUGCCAGCCCCAUAGACAGCACUUUCUACCGCACUUUGCUAGAGGAAGAAGACAUGCAAGAUCUGGUGGAUGCCGAAGAGUACUUGGUACCCCACCAGGGCUUUUUCAAUGGCGAGGCAUCUGCAGACUAUCGCUCUAGGAUCCCCUCAACCAGGAGUACCACAGAGACUCCAAUGGAUGAGGAUGAACCCGAGCAAGCAGCUCAGUACCCCUAUUUGGGCCCGCCUCUCUUGGAAGAGCCAGGAGCUGUCAUCCCUGACUUGCUCGAAGGGGACUAUACAGGAAGCACUCUGCAGCGCUACUGCGAAGAUCCCACUGGUGCCUCGAUUAAUGAAAACGAGAGCCCAGAAGCUAAGAACUACAAUUCACCUGUGCCCUGCAGUAUGGUGCCAGAGUAUGUGAACCAGCCAGAAAACAGCCUUCCAUCCAGCAAAGGCCUUCGACCGCCAGGAUCCACCCUAGAAAAGCCAAAGGGUCACUUGGGCAAGAACGGGCUCAUCAAGGAACCAAAGAACGCCUUCCAUAACAGCAGCAGCUUCAGCAACGUGGUGGAAAACCCAGAGUACCUGACGCCCUGCAACCUCCCUCUGGCCGGCCCUUUGCCUCAGGCCUUUGACAAUCUAUAUUACUGGAACCAGGAGACUCCCAAGAGCAACCCAGCAGAAUUCUUUGCCGGCUCUGCCGCUCCUGCCACCAACAGCUUUGCCACUACGCCGACGGCGGAGAACCUGGAGUACCUAGGCCUAGCCGAGUCGGUUUCUCGCCCCAAGGACUUUGCGUGAGGACCCCUGUCACCACUGAAAACUAUUUUUGAUAUUUAGGCAGCUCAGGACACAAACGAACGAACUAUUAAUGCAUGCAAGAUGAGCGGGAUUCACUGAGGCCUUAGCACAGCCCUCUUGAGGCCUAGUAGGCCGCUCCUUCUCGUCCUGGCAGUUGGGCGAAAGCACUUUGUUUGUGACAAUCUCCUGUCAUGCAGUUUGGGCAACCCAGCCCAACUGUCAUUUGACAUACAGCAGGAAUGUACAACAGGUCGAUUGCUGGGGUGCAACAACUCUGGUGCAUCCUCCCCCCCAAAAAACUCAAAAACUGUGGGAAAUCCUCUCCCCAAAAAAGCUCAAGAACUCUUGGCAAUGACAGUGGGUAGAUCACUGCCAGUUUUUUUAUACUGGGAGUAGAUCGCAGUCUCUUGGGAGUUGGGACGUGCCUGACAUACAGGAAAAAAGGGCUGCUCUUCUGCCCCCUCCUCUUCUCCCUUCAAAUACGAGACAAAGAGGGUCAGACCACUGACUGGGCUAAAGAACUAAUAGGUGGAACGCUACUUUUUUUUGUUUAAGGUACAUUUUCAAAAAACAAACUUAAGGGUACUGACAUGGGGUGGGAAGGGGAGAACCAUGAGAUCGUGUGUUGUAAAAAAUGAGGGCAACGCAUGGGUGUCGCAUAAAAACGGUGGUGUGUUUUCUGUUAUUGGUCAUUUAAUGACAGUGGUAAAAAGGGAAUGUGCUUCCUUGACCUUCGGAUCGGGGCCAGGGGCACCUGCGUCCUUACAACAGAGUAAACUGGGUGUGUGUGUGUGGAAUUGUGAUGUUCCUUAAACACAAUAUCUUGGUGGUGUCUGGGGAGGAAGAAGAAAACAAUGUUGCCUAGUGGCGAGAGCCCCCUGUGGCAUUCCUUCCCACCCCUUUGCCCUCUCAAGAAGAUUCCAGAAGACGCAGGUGAGGAACUAAAACCAACUUCAUUUCUUGGCUUGGACAGCUUGGCAAACUGAGAACAGUUGAGCAUCUUAAUUAAGAGAGAGAAUAAUUUUGGAGUGCUUCCCUAAGAAAUAACACCAUGUUUUGAACUCUCUUUUUGUAUAGCGCCACAUUUUAUGCCCUGGUGGUUGUUGUGGCCCUGUUCUGAGGCAAUGGGUGAAAAGGGAAAAAGAGAAGCUAAGGUGGCAUGUUGUUUCAGAGGGGAGAGAGGUUAAGUCGCCCCAUA